CACGACCCAUCGAUCCCCAUCAGCCAUGACGCAAGUGCGAGAUGUCUUGGCGCAGCCCUGGAAAGGUGUCAACUUGGGCGGAUGGCUCCUGCUGGAGCCUGGUCCAUCCUAUCCGCUCUUUACGCAUCACUUGCUGAAGGACAAGAGCCAGGCCCGUUGCGAAUGGGACUUGAUGAAGGUGCUCCACGAAAAGCUGGGCAAAGCGGGCGCUAUGGAGGUGAUUCGAUCCCACCGUGAGACGCACAUCACCAAGGCCGACUUCCAGCGGGUCAAGGCCUUUGGCCUCAAUGCGGUGCGUCUUCCCUUCGGCUAUUGGGUGAUCACAGAGCCCAGGCCCAAAGAGCCCUACAUCGGUCCAGCCCUUGAGUAUGUGGAUCGUGCCGUAGCCUGGGCCGAGGAGUUGGGUUUGCAGAUCGUCUUGGAUCUCCACGGCUGUCCAGGGGGUGAAAGCCCCGAGGCGCCAUGCGGCCGACGACAGCGACCCGAGAGUCGUUGGCAUUGGAAACACUGGGAUUUCGCUGCAAGUCUGAAAAUCCUUCAGCUCUUGGCCAAGCGCUACAGAGACCGCAGUUGUGUCACGGGCAUCGCAGUCUGCAACGAACCCUGUGGCGUCAUUCCGGGCAACACCUUGAUGUCGUACUAUUCGAAGGCAGUGGACACCAUCCGCAAGGCUGGCAUGCCCGAGAGCCGUGUAGCGGUGGUGCUACCAAUCUUCCAGCGUCCCGAAGGUGAAGAAGCCUUCAUCGCCAAAUGGUCGAAGAUGACCCAGGGACGCCAUCGGAACGUUUGCUUCGACGUUCACUGUUACCACUGCUUUGAGAACCAAUUCCACGGCAAAACCUUUGCGGAACAGCUGAGAGCGGUGGAGGAAAACAGUGCCAUGUUUGAGCGCUACCCCAUGGUGGCAGGUGAAUGGGCCUUAUGCUUGGGUCGUGCAACCUGGUGCACCUGUGGCAACAUGGAUGAGGAGGCUGUGAUCAGCGUCUUUGGUGCCCAGCAGAUGGAGGCCUUUAGGAAUGCCUCCCACGGCUCCUUCUUCUGGAACUGGAAAGAGGAUCCUGAAGACAAGGAGUGGAACUACCAAGUGGCACAAGAGAUGGGACUUUUGAAACGCUCCGCUCUGGUGUUGCCCAACUGGGACCACGCUGGUGAAGAUCCCUUAGAGGAGGUGCUACACCCAUCUCCAGAGGACGCAGUGGUUUACUAUGGCGAAAAGGUAUACCUGCGCGUCUUCCAUGGAAUGUACAUGGAUGUGCAGGGACGCCAGGUGGAUUGCUCGUGGGCCGACAAAGGAUUGUGGCAGGAAUUCUCCUUUUGUGAGACCUCAGGGGAGAGUCAGAAAUCCAACGGCAGGCGCCCAGUGAGGCAUCGAGAUAUCGUGCGCCUUCAGGGACACAACAAGCAUUUCUUGGCCGUGCCCAGUGAUGCAGCCACCAAGGGCCAACCAGUCUUUGCCACACGGAAAAAGAGCGGAACGGAGAUCGAAUUUGAGGUCAUCAUGGAUUCGCCAGUCCUGAAACAUCGUGGAAAAGUGUAUUUCUUCAGCCGCCAGACGGCCACUAUGUUGGACGCGGAUGAUGAGGCAGAUGGUAUCUUUGCCCGCUGGGCUGACUUCGGGGAUUGGCAGGCCAUGACAGUGGAAAAGCCGCCAGAGAUGCAGCGUCCAGUGAACUUGUCGGCCUUGCUACGUCCCCGACGCCGGGUGAAAGGUCCUCGUGGAUCCAAAGAUAGUCCGGUGAGGCAGGCGGGCAAUGAUGCCGAAGACGCCAUGGAGGCAACAGAGGAUGCGACAUCCAAACGGAAAGCGGAUGUGCUCGAUGAAUGACACGCAGCUGGUGACCGUGUGCAGAUUCCAU